AUGAAGACGGAGCCGGCGGCCGAGUCGUGGCCGCCGGGCCGCCCGGGGCCGGGCAAGGGAUCGUCGCCGUCCUGUCUGGAGGCGUCGAUGCCGCGGAAGUUCCGCGACGAGGCCCUGCGCGCGGGCACCGUCGGCCUCAACUGGGUGCUGUGCGCCCUGUGCCUGGCGAGCUUCUCCCUCUCCGGCGUGCUGUUCUACCGCGAGCUCGGCCUCGAGUCCAGGAUCGCGAGUCUGGAGGCGCGCUGCCAGGAUCCGCGCGUCCGCGACCCCAUCGCCGCCGCCGCCGCCGCCGCCGCCACGCCGAUGGACGUCCAGCCGCUGCUGCAGAGGGUCAAGGCGGAGAUACAGGAGCAGCUGCGGCAGAUGCAACGGCUCGACGACUCCGGCGCGGUCUUCAGGCCUAAGCGCGACAUCUCCGAGUGCAACUGUCCCCCAGGUCCACCCGGUGAGCCGGGUCCACCCGGAAAGAGGGGCAAGAAAGGGAAGAAGGGCGAUCCCGGAGAACCCGGUGCGCCGGGCCGACCCGGUGACAAAGGACAGAAGGGCGAGCUGGGCAGCCCCGGAUUCGACGUCUUGUCCGCAGUGAAGGGAGAGCCGGGUGAACCUGGGCCGCCGGGACCACCCGGUCCGCCAGGAUCCGAGGGUCUUCCUGGACACGAGGGCAGACAGGGGAUUCCGGGCGAGGUUGGCUCACCAGGAGAGAAGGGCCCGCCUGGGCCGAUCGGGCCCAUCGGCCCGACAGGCACGCCAGGACUUGCAGGUCCCAAGGGUGACAAAGGUGAUAAAGGCGAUCGAGGCUUCACGACGACCUUAAAGGGCGAGCAGUUUCCAAGUGGAGUAUUCGAAGGCCCACCUGGUCCACCAGGACCACCUGGGUCCCCGGGCGAGAAGGGAGAACUGGGCCCGACAGGACCGCCCGGCCUGCCCGGCGAGAAGGGCGCUCGGGGAAAGCAAGGGAAGAGGGGUUUCAAGGGUGAGAGCGGUUUGGCAUUGGCGAGGGGCGUCCCCGGCCUGCCGGGUCCGAAGGGUGAGCCCGGCGAACGGGGUUACCGGGGCGAUAAGGGCGCCAUGGGAGACCCGGGUUCACCAGGUAGAUUACCACGAAAGCCAUUCUACCGCGGCGGGAAAAUUGGCGGAGGAUAA